UAAACGUGUUCAACUGACACAGUUUACUAAGCAAUAAGUUUAAACAGAGCAGUCAAGCGUUGCAAUACAUGUACCCUGACAUUUGGAAAUACCUUAUAUACAAGUUUAAGGUUUCAAUGGAUAUUAGAAUAUUUUUGAAGGUGAACGUGGUAUUAAUAUAUAUAAGUGCCGUGAUUACAGACUUACAAAUCAAUGUGACAGAACAACAAUGUGGUCGUACAGUGGACCUAGCAGUAGAAACAAGACUCAUCUUAGACUACGAUGGUGGUGAUCUUGGUAAAAAAGCUGGCGAACUAUGUGUCAUAACUAUACAAAACAGUGAUAGUGACAAAAUGAUAUGUGUAGAAACGGACUCGGCACGCAGUUUUGCAUGUUCCUUAAUUUUCUCUUAUUAUAUUGGUGACUAUCCUUCUAGCUCUGGCUUUUUGGGAAACGGACGUACAUGUUACGAUUUUUCUUGGGAACCUCUUUGUGACCGGAGAACUCCCGUGUUUGCUUCUUUCCAGUCUGUAGCACAAAUACUCGCAGCAUAUGUACAUGUUGAAAUUUAUGUAACACCCGUUACCACAACACAGCUAGUGGUACAGAAAACUACGACAUGGUCGUCGUUUCAAUAUACAGAUGAUUCUAAUUCCAUGGGAUUAACCAUUGGUCUAUGUAUUGGUGGUGUUGUACUUCUACUUUCUUUUGCUGCAUGUGCCUAUGCAAGACAAAAGAGUACUUUUGAAUCCCAAGGGGGCCAACGUUUCAAUGUGCAGUAUCAACAAGGGAAUCAGCCCAGACAUCAACAAUUUGUUUCUUCAGUCCCACAGCAAUAUUCUCAAAAUACGACUGUUUCGCAAAUUUCCACCCAAGAUCCAAAUCUAGCUGGUUACCAUGUCCAUCCAACUGUUAGCCUUACCCUGUCGGAUCAACAGCAAUCGACAACGGGACAAAAUAAUAGUCUUCCAGUAUCAGCUCCUGUAGACCCGAGUGCUCCUCCACCACCUUAUCCUGGGUACUGACAUUGUCAACGCGACCAAGAAGAAUUAUCAACACAGUGCAAUUACACAUAAAUCUACGGACAACAGGAAAAUGUAGGACCAGUCCUCAGGAAGCGUUUUCGUUAUAUAUACAUGAAUUAAUGUAUUGGAAUUACUUACCUUUUCUGGAUACAUUUCUGUCGUCUCUGUGGCGGGUAGUGUUUUGAGAAUUGUUUCCAAAACAACAAUUUCGUCUGUCAGUCGGUUUUUAAGCCAAAACAAAGAGAUGCGAAAGACGUAAAGUAACCGACAAAUGUACUGCUUUGCAUGUUACGCUGCAGUUUGAAAGAAAUUAUCGUACUUUUCAACAAAGCUAGUAUACAAGCAAUGAAAAGCAAACAUAUAAACCAGCCAAAUUCAACAUUAACAUCAAGUAAUUGUUAUAUAUCUAUAUUGUAUACCCAAUUCCGCUGGUCUACAAGGCAAGAUUUAAAAAGUUAAGUGCAACUCGAAUUGUUGUAGAAGAAAGAAAGGCACAUUGUAUCAUUACCUAUUUAUAUAUUUUUGCUCGCUUUUUAGGUGGAAUUAAAAAUAUAGUUCUUGAAAAAAA